ACUGUUAGGUAACAAAAUUGGCAGUCAUUGACCGAUUGACGUCGCCAAUCGUUAUAAAAUUCUGAAAGGACAAUAGAAGCACAAACACACCUCUGCUACUGCUAGCUAUUUCAUUUUCUCAUUCAGUCCAUCAAUUGCCAUUUCCACUUUCUGUGUCUUGUAUUUUCAUUUUUCAAUCAAAAUUUCCACCUUCAAGCAUGACUACUAUAGUUACUGGCCUCUUGGAAAAGUCGGGUUCACUCCUUGCUGAAGAAGUAUGGUCAGAGCUGAAGGAGUUCAUGUCUUUUGACAAAGAAGUCCGAAAGCUUGAGAGCACCCUUCGUGCCAUCCAGGCGGUGCUCGAGGAUGCUGAGAAAAAACAAGUGAGUGAUAAAGCUGUGGAACUUUGGUUAGAUAAGCUCAAAGAAGCAGCCUACGACGUAGACAAUGUGCUGGAUGAGCUGGACACUGCAAUCAUUAAAGCAAAAAUUGAGGAGGAAGAAGAAAAAGCUGAAACUACCACUGCUACUGCUAAGGUAUGGCCCUGCAUUUCCUGCAUUUCCUGGCUUUUCACUAAAAUUAAGAAGCUUGUCCAUCGUCAUGGCAUUGUUCAGGAGAUAAAAAAACUUAAUGAAACAUUAGAUGAGAUUGCCAAAGAGAAAGAUAGGUACUCGUUUGUGUUUGAGUCUGGGUCGAGUAGUAGCACUAACAUUGACAUAGGCAAGUGGCCAAAAACUAUCUCCGAGGUUGAUGUGUCUGAUAUUAUAGGUCGUAAAGAGUAUAGUGAUGAUUUAGUGAGGAACCUGUUGGGUGAGGAUAGUAGUGAAAAUGAAAGAAACCCCUAUGUCAUCUCAUUAGUAGGCAUGGGCGGUAUUGGAAAAACUACUCUUGCCCAACUAGCCUACAAUGAUGAUAAGGUGAAGAGUCAUUUUGAUAUAAGAAUGUGGGUUUGUGUUUCUGAACCUUUUGAUAUUUCUAGGGUUGCCAAAGCAAUCAUUCAAGAGAUUAAACGUACUGUCCUAGACAAUGAUAUUAAGGAAACUCUUAAAUGUAUUCUCCUAGACAAUGAUAUUGAAUUGCAAACUCUAGUGAUAACUAUUAAAGAUUUGAUUCAGGGAAAGAGGUCUUUUCUUGUCUUAGAUGAUGUAUGGACUGAAGACUACCAAAAGUGGGAGCAAUUAAAACUUGCGCUGAACUAUGGUGCUCAAGGUAGUAGAAUUUUAGUCACCACACGUAGUAAGAGAGUCACGAUUAUGGUAAAUAGUGACCCUACCAUUAGUUUGGAUGCAUUAUCUGAGGAUGAUUGCUGGUUAAUAUUUAGUAAAAUAGCAUUUGUUGAUAAGGAUGAAUAUCAAUGUGGGCAAUUAAUAAACAUUGGAAGAGAACUAGUUAAAAGGUGUAAAGGUUUGCCACUUGCUGCAAAGACUCUAGGAAGUCUUAUGCACUACAAGAGAAGUAGUGAAGAUUGGAGGAAUAUUUUAGAUAAUAAUUUGUGGGAAUUAGAAGAUGUUAAAAAAGGUCUUUUAGGACCGUUAUUAUUGAGUUAUUAUGAACAACCAUCAGCAAUAAAAUCUUGUUUCUUAUAUUGUGCUCUCUUCCCAAAGGAUUAUUUGUUUUCUAGAAAUGAGUUGAUCCACCUAUGGAUGUCACAAGGAUAUCUUGGCGUAAAACCAAAUAUAGAGAUGGAAAUUGUAGGAGAAGAGUAUUUUGAGAGAUUAGUCAUGCACUCUUUCUUCCAAGAUUUUGAGAAAGACAAAAAAAAUGAUAAGAUAAUAAGAUGCAAAAUGCAUGACAUAGUGCACGACUUUGCCCAAUCAAUGACAACAAAUAAUGAAUAUGUCACAAUUGAUGGUGACAAAGAGUUGGGGACAAAUUGUAGAAGUGCUCACCAUUUGAGAUUAGAAUUAAUAGGGGAAACAGAGUUUCCUAUGUCAAUUUAUAAUGCAAAAAAAGUACGCACUCUCUUUUCCACUACAUUGGCGAAGAUGACUGUCUUCCCACUCAAUUUAUUCCAGCAUUUGACAUGCUUACGGGCAUUGACUUUGAAAUUUUAUUCCUUUGAGAAUCUUCCAAAUGAAGUGGAAAAAUUGAUACAUUUAAGAUUGCUCGAUGUAUCAUAUAAUUAUGAAAUUAAAGAAUUACCAGAAACAAUGUGUAAUUUAUGUAAUCUACAAACUUUGAAUAUUAAAGGAUGUCGGAGAAUUACAAAAUUACCCCAAGAAAUGGGUAAACUAAUUAAAUUAAGACAUCUUCUUACUGAUUGGGAUAAACCUUUUCCAAAAGGGAUUGGGAGAUUGAGUUCUCUAAGAACAUUAAACACUUUCGUAGUAGGUGGUAUAGAUGAUAUUGACGGAUGUAAACUUGGAGAAUUGAAGAAUCUGUACCACCUUAAAGGGUCUCUUACGAUAAAAGGCUUGAAAAACGUAACAGAUGUACAAGAGGCUGAGAAUGCACAGCUUAAAGAUAAGAAACAUCUCCGUGAGUUGAGGCUAUCGUUUGACGAGGGAGUUGAGGAGAUUGAAAGUGUAAGGAAUGAUGAAAUCGUUCUUAAAGCCUUAGAGCCACAUCCAAACUUGGAAAUUUUAAAGAUUGAUAACUACAUGGGUAGAGUGUAUCCUAAUUGGAUGAAGUCUUUGUCCAAUUUGAAAAGGCUUCAGCUUUAUUCGUGGCAUAAUUUAGAGCAAUUGCCUCCUCUGGGGCAGCUGCAGUGCCUCGAAACAUUAAAGUUAAGGGAUGCGAACAGUGUGAAAAAGGUGGGUGUUGAAUUUUUGGGAAUAGAAGAAGCCAAUGGGAAGAACGGAUCAACAUCAUCACUUGUCUUAUUCCCUAAUUUAAAGUCUCUCCAAUUUUGGGAUAUGAAAGAGUGGGAAGAAUGGGAUGGGAUUGGAGAAAGGAGAGAAGAAGAAGGAGAAAGUGGUGUUUCUGUUUUAAUAAGUAUAAUGCCACGUCUUCAGUUUUUGGGUAUUUGGAGAUGCCCAAAGCUAAAGGCACUGCCCAACUUCCUUGAGACAACUUCGUUAAAGCAAUUGGAAGUCGAUUGUCGAAUUUCCAAUUGGAUGACGUGGGCAACAUUAUCCGGAUUGAAAACACUUUGUCUCGGUCUGAAUAACGACGUGGAGCAUUUGCCCCCUUUGGGGAAGCUGCUGUUGGUCGAAUCAUUAGAGAUAUUUUAUGGCGAUAGAGUGAAAAAGGUGGGCGUUGAAUUUUUGGGAAUAGAAGAAGAAUCCAACAACAACAACAACAAGAUAGACGACGAGAAGGGAUCGACAUCAUCAUCUUCUUCUUCUUCGCCUGUCUUAUUCCCUAAUUUAAAAUCUCUCGGAUUUUGGUAUAUGGAAGAGUGGGAAGAAUGGGAUGGGAUUGGAGGAACAAUGAGAGAAGAAGAAGCACAAGAAAGUGGUUUUACUAUCACUAUUAUGCCACGUCUUCAGGAAUUGCGAAUUUAUAAAUGCCCCAAGCUGAAGUCGCUGCCAGACUUCCUUCCUACAACUCCAUUGAAGACACUGGAAAUCUGGACCAGUCCAAUUCUCAGUGAAUGUUGCAAAGCAGAGAUAGGAGAUCAAUGGCCCAAGAUUUCUCACAUACCCAACAUUCAGAUUAAUCAUACAUGGGUGCGAAGAGAUGGUCGUCCAAUGCAAAAUUAAAUCUCAGUUCGAUUGCGGGCGCUGCAAGUCGCAUCCAUUCCGUUAAGACUUCCUUCCUACAGCUAUAUUGAAGCAAUUGCAUAUCCAGAACAGUCCAAAUCUCAGCCAACGUUGCCAAAGGGAGAUAGGAGACCAAUUGCCCAACAUUUAUUAUCAUUAAUAAGUGGGACAGGAUGAUCAAUCAAGGGAAAAUUAAUUCUCGGGAAAAUAUUCAAGGCGUGAGCAUACGUUGAUGUAGGCCUACAGAAGAAACUCCUGUAUCAUAUAUGGUAUGACACAUGAAAGGUCUUAUGAGUUUAAACCCGAAGGCAUGUGAAUUUCUUGUGAGACCAAUGAAAAAUGAAAUGAGAUCGAAGUCUAGAAGAAAGGCAUUGAGAGACAUAUUCAACAAUGGUGGAAGGUUCUUGAAGCUGUGAAUUUGAAGAAGAGAUCUCAUAAGUGGUGUAAAGACAAUAUGCUUGAUUACCUUUUGCUCCUUCAGUCCAAUCUCCUCUCUCUCUUGCACCAGGAUUUAUGUGAGCAUCAGUGAGUGAGACCAAUGAAAAAUGAAAUGAGAUCGAAGUCUAGAAGAAAGGCAUUGAGAGACAUAUUCAACAAUGGUGGAAGGUUCUUGAAGCUGUGAAUUUGAAGAAGAGAUCUCAUAAGUGGUGUAAAGACAAUAUGCUUGAUUACCUUUUGCUCCUUCAGUCCAAUCUCCUCUCUCUCUUGCACCAGGAUUUAUGUGAGCAUCAGUGAGUGAGUUUGGGCUUUUUGAGAUGUUGACUUUUGGAUGAUCCAGGUUCUAUUUGGUUGCUAAGAAAGUGUAGGAACCAAUGACAUUUUUAAGAGAAAGAGAAAGACAGAUGUACUCAUCCAUUUGAAUAGUCACAGUUUAGUGGUAUCAUUUGCGGAUAUGCAGCCAUGGUUCUCCAGAUUUCAGAAGGUGUUCUUCAAUCCUGUAGAGUCUGAGGAUCAGCUGGCAAACUGAUACAAGUAUAAUAGUUGCUCCGACUAAUGAAGUUGAAAGCGAUGCUGUUGACGGCCCAAAACAAAAUAAGUUGUUUUCAUAAUCUCUCCUCCCCCUAUAUUAUGAUGCGCUGACUGCACUAUUGAGAGAGGUAGACUUUUGUUUCUGCUCACUACUCUCUCCGCAUCAAAAAUAUUAUUGCCCAAACAUUAGGGCCCAUCAUUAAUUCCUUUGGUACAACCUCAAAAGAUAUAAUUGAUGUUUUACUUGAAAGAGUUCUGACAAAGCCAACUCCAAGGCAAUUACAAGGUACGUAAAAGGCUGCUCCAUUUCUUGUUGGAAUUCAUUGCAGUAGUUCACCGCUUUCCACAUCCUCUGGCAGUGAUACUUCUGAGGGACUCACUUUGAAGCAUCAAGAGCUCUUUGGGAUUCAACAGUCUUAUAAACCAGGAAUUGGAAAGCAAAAGGUAGAAGCAUCACCAGGUUGGUUUAUGUGCCCUCCUAAAACUUGUGUCUACCUAGAGCCACUUGAUGAGAUAUCAUUGAACAAUGUAGUUGAUGGCUGGCAGAUGCCUAUGACAAUGCCUUUUCAAUCAACAAAAAAAUUUGUCUUUUCCAAAGGAAGAUAAUAUCCAAUGUGACCUUCUACAAAGUAGCAAAUAUUGUAACCAAGAACACCUUUGUGGCAAUUUAGCAUUUAUAGAAAACACUCCAGUGUGGAAGGAACCCGAAAGCAUGAUUCACAGAGGCAAACAUCGGGGUGAGAAUACUCUAAAGUAAGAGUUGUGAACAAAGAUUGAAGCAGUAUCCACUCGUUAGCUUUGUUAUAAUGCCCUUGUGGCAAUAUACUGCUCAGAACUGGAUAUGGCCUCCUGUGAUGAUGGAAGUUAAAUGAAUGUGAUUUGAGCUGGAAAAAACAUCUUUUUUCUUUAAUUUUGAUUGUAAAUUUCGUUGCUCAUGUGGGUCUGUUUGUGUGUAAUGGAUCCCAUUAUUAGAUUAGUAGAUGCAUGUGAACUUACAUGAAAGCUAGGUCUUAUAGUUAAUAUGACAGGGCAUUUGUGCUAGUAGGCUGGUCACUUAUUUACCUGUAUUUUGAUUAAAAAUGGUUCCAACUUCUUCAGCCGAUUGUCUUUACCACUUGGAGGUGGCUCUUCAAGCAGAGACCACUACAGGAACAGGUUUCUUACAGAAUUACAUUGAGUCUAUUCUGGAUCUUCAAGGUGCUAGCUACAAACUCACACAAGGUUUGUUACCAUUCAAUGCUUAUGUCAUGUCAUAUAUAGAGACUGGAGUUAGAAUUCUAUCCUGGCAUUUUUUUUAUCAGUUUUUCCUAAAUUUCCAUGCACCAUUUAAUAUUAAUCAUUAGUGCAAAACCUUCAUAGCAAAAAAAUAAACAGAAAUUUUAGAUAUUAUGUGAAUGCUGGAUAGAGGACUGAUUAUCUAUGAUGGCAUAUGUUGGAGGCCUCUAAAACUAUAUUAGAUAAAAUAUUUUUAAGCACACGAUUGUUAAUAAAAUAUAAAAAUAGAACUGUUUUUUGAUUUAUUGCUAAUUAUAUAGCUUGUUGUGCAAACAAAGUAGAAAAGAGAUUGAAUCAUUCACAUAUUUCUUGUCUGAACUACUCUCCUCUUCAAAGGUUAAUCCAUAUUCCUACAUAUGUCAAAUCACACUUGCAUACUUUUUCCCCCCUUGAUAUGGAUUAUCAUUUUCUUAGAUAUGCAGCCAUGGUUCUCCAGAUUUCGGAAGCUGCUCUCUAAUCCUGUAGAGUGAGAAUCAGUUGGCUGACUGAUGCAAAUAUAAUAUUAGUUUCGACUAAUGAAGUUGAAUGCGAUGCUGUUGACAGCCCACAACAAAAUAAGUUUGAUUCAUGAUCUCUCCUCCCCUUGUAUUAUGGUGUGCUGACUGCACUAUUGAGAGAGGUAGACAACUUUUUCUGCUCACAAUUCUCCCAACAUCGAAAACAUUAUUGCCCAAACAUCAGGGCCCAUCAUUAAUUCUUUUGGUACUAUUUCAGAAGAUAUAAAUGAUGAUUUACUUGAAAGAAUUCUUAUAACGCCAACUCCAAGUAAGCCUUCUUAUUCUGCUGCCAUUGAAAUGAUUAAAACCUUACAGUUUGAAUCUGUAUUUGUAUCUUCAGUUGUGUUUUGGAAAGAAAAAAAAAAUCAAUGCUUGAAAUGUUACCUCCUAAGUCUUGUGUUUUGUUUGAACCUAUAUCUGAGUCCUUUCAUAAAGGCAAUUACAGGGUAAGUAUAAGGCCGCUCCAUUUCCAGUUUCAUUGCAGUAGUUCCCCACUUUCCACAUCCUCUGGCAGUGAUGCUUCUGAGGGUCUCACUUUGAGGCUUCUGGAGCUCUUGGGAUUCAGCAGGCUUAUAAACCUGGAACAGGAAAGCAAAAGCUAGAAGCAUCACCAGUUGAUGGCUGGCAGAUGCCUAUAACGACACAUUUCCAAUCAGCAAAUAAACUUGUCUUCACCAAAGGAAGACAAUAUCCAAUGUGGCCUUCUACAAAGUAGCAAAUAUUGUAACCAAGAACACCUUGGUGGCAAUUUACCAUUUAUAGACAACACUCAAUGUGGAAGGAACCUAAAAGUGUGAUUCACAGAGGCAAACAUCUGGAUGAGAAUACUCUAAAGAAAGAGUUGUGGACAAAGUUUGAAGUAGUAUCCACUCCUUAGCUUUGUUAUAAUGCGUCUGUGCUGCAAUAUACUGCUCAGAACUGGAUAAGCCCUCUUGUGAUGAUGGAAGUUAAAUGAGUGUGAUUUGAGCUGGAAAACACAUCUUUUUUCUUUAAUUUUGAUUGUAAAUGGUGGAUCAUGUUGUAUGUUGGUCGUAUUUUGAGGCUCUAUAAUUGGUUUAUAUAUCAGUACCACCUAUGAUGCAUGUAUCUCUUGGUGGCGUUAUUUUCACUAAUCAUUUGUCCGAAGAGUAACUACAGCACAUAUGAGCACCGGUGGGACAGCCCAAGGACUAUGCACAAAUUUCAAUUUUUGUAAUCGAAAAGCUAAACAGCCCUACUGUUUUUGGUUUAUAUUAGUAUUCUGAAGAUGUUUUGUUAGAUUGUCAGAGCUCAUUGGGUUAUGAAAAGAAGGAUUGGCUAGAAGUCUGCAAUGGUGUUAGCUUAUUCUGUUAGUAUUGUGUUGGAACUGUUUUUAUCUCAUUGUUUGAAUAAAUUUAUCAUUCAUCGUGAUACAGAAACAGCACACUAUGUUUCAACUAUUGGCUAUUGCAAAGUUCCAUGCCACAUCUUUUGUGGGAUGUCAUGCGAGGUGCAUCCUUGCACCAUGUAUACUAUAGAAGUGGUUAUGUACACAAAACUGUUCUUAUAUGAAUAAGCUUCCCCUUUGAGACGUGUUA